AUGGAAGGAGAAAGCAUGAGGGUAAUGUAUGAGCCAUGGUUGGUUCAGAACAAAGUUGAUCUGGAACGAAUAUCGAAUGUGCAGUACAACAUAACAGAUGGACUAAGCACUCCUAUUAAGGAUGCUUCUGCUCCAGUUUACAUAACAAUUGGCGACGGGGGAAAUAUAGAAGGCAUGGCUGAUAGUUUUAUAGACCCACAACCAAGUUACUCGGCCUACCGCGAAGCAAGCUUCGGGCAUGCCACUCUGGAGAUUAAGAACAGAACUCAUGCCUAUUAUACUUGGCACCGUAACCAGGACAGUGAUGUUGUUGCUGCAGAUUCAAUCUGGUUCUAUAACAGAUACUGGUAUCCAAAUGAAGAGAGCAGCUAG